AACCCAUUUUGAACGUCUCUCAAGAUGACAAAACGACACAGUUUGGGCUUCAAACUUCUCAAGAGCUCGACUCUUUUACUUGCCAUUUGCUCAAUCUUUGUGUGUGCAAAGUCUCAGAAAAAUCCAACUCCUGAUGUUCCAGUGAUGUUAGCUCUCAAGAAAAGCCUCAACCCACCCGAAACCCUUGGAUGGUCCGACCCGGAUCCAUGCAAAUGGCACCACGUUGUUUGCUCAGAUGAAAAACGGGUCACCCGUAUCCAAAUCGGCCACCAAAAUCUACAAGGUACACUUCCCUCAAACCUUCAAAAACUCACUGAACUGGAGCGGCUAGAGCUCCAAUGGAACAACAUUUCGGGUCCUCUCCCAAUUUUAAACGGGUUAAGUUCGUUACAAGUACUUAUGCUGAGUAACAAUCAGUUUGAUUCAGUUCCAAGUGGUUUUUUUACCGGUUUAUCUUCAGUCCAGGCUAUAGAUAUGGACAACAACCCGUUUUCUUCCUGGGAAAUUCCUCGAAGUAUAAGAAAUGCUUCAGCUUUGCAGAAUUUCUCAGCAAAUUCUGCUAAUAUUUCGGGUCAAAUUCCGGGUUUUCUUGGACCCGAUGAGUUUCCAAGUUUAACCAUCUUGCAUCUAGCCUUCAACCAACUAAGUGGUGGGUUGCCUACAAGCCUGGCUGGUUCGCAAUUACAGUCUUUAUGGCUUAAUGGUCAAAAUCUUAAUGGUGGGAUUGAUGUUAUACAGAAUAUGACAUCUUUGAAAGAGAUUUGGCUGCAUUCCAAUGCUUUUACUGGUCCUUUGCCUGACUUUUCUGCCUUUAAUGGAUUGCGAAGUUUGAGCUUGAGGGAUAAUUUCUUUACUGGUCCUGUUCCAGUUUCCUUGAUGAAACUUGAAACUUUGAACACAGUUAAUCUAACUAAUAAUUUGCUUCAAGGACCAAUGCCUAAGUUCAGAAGUUCAGUUUCAUUGGACAUGGAGAAGGAUUCUAAUAGGUUUUGUUUGCCAACUCCUGGGAAAUGUAAUUCCAUGAUUGAUACAUUGCUUUUGAUUGUGAAAUCGACGGGUUAUCCUCAAAAGUUUGCUGAGAAUUGGAAGGGAAAUGAUCCAUGUGCGGAUUGGAUUGGGAUAACUUGUAGUGAUGAGAACAUUAUUGUUGUUAAUUUUCGGAGGAUGAAUCUUACUGGUACUAUUUCAUCUGGGUUUGCUUCACUUAAGUCUCUGCAGAGAUUGGUUCUUGCUGAUAACUGUUUUACUGGUUCAAUUCCUGAGGAGCUCUCUACUUUGCCUGCAUUGAAAGAACUCGAUGUUUCGAACAAUCAGCUGUAUGGAAAAGUCCCAGUUUUUAAGAGUAAUGUAAUUGUUAAUACCAAUGGUAACCCUGAUAUUGGGAAGGACAAGAGUAGUUCUUCAACUGAAGGUUCUUCUUCAGGAAGUCCAAAAAGUACAGGUUCUGAUAAUGGUGCCAAUUCGGGGAAUGGUGGCAAAAAGUCUUCUGCUAUGAUUGGAAUAAUUUUGUUUUGUGUUAUCGGGGGUGUCUUUGUGAUUUCUUUGAUUGGUUUGUUGGUUUUCUGUCUGUACAAAAAGAAGCAGAAGCAAUUUAGCAGAGUACAGAGCCCGAAUGCAAUGGUGAUCCAUCCUCGCCGUUCUGGAUCUGAUAAUGAGAGCGUGAAGAUUACAGUUGCUGAAUCAAGUGUUAGUGUUGGUGCAAUUAGUGAAACACGUACCAUUCCUAGUAGUGACCAUGGUGACAUUCAAAUGGUUGAAGCAGGAAACAUGGUAAUAUCUAUCCAAGUCUUGAGAAAUGUAACAAACAAUUUCAGUGAAGAAAAUAUAUUGGGGCAAGGAGGUUUUGGGACUGUCUACAAGGGGGAGCUGCAUGAUGGGACGAAGAUUGCGGUGAAGAGAAUGGAAUCUGGGCUAAUUACUGGAAAGGGAUCGGCAGAGUUCAAGUCUGAAAUUGCUGUUUUGACUAAGGUUAGGCACCGGCAUCUUGUUGCUCUUCUUGGGUAUUGCUUGGAUGGGAAUGAGAAGCUUCUCGUAUAUGAAUACAUGCCCCAAGGUACGCUAAGUCAGCAUAUCUUUAAUUGGGCAGAAGAAGGACUGAAACCCCUGGAAUGGACCAGAAGGUUGACUAUUGCCUUAGAUGUAGCAAGGGGUGUUGAGUAUCUUCAUAGUCUGGCUCAUCAAAGCUUUAUACAUAGGGAUUUAAAGCCUUCAAACAUUCUUCUUGGGGAUGAUAUGAGGGCAAAAGUUGCAGAUUUUGGGCUUGUGCGUCUUGCUCCAGAGGGGAAAGGCUCCAUUGAAACAAGAAUUGCUGGCACUUUCGGAUAUCUGGCACCAGAAUAUGCAGUGACAGGUCGGGUAACAACUAAAGCCGAUGUGUUUAGCUUUGGAGUGAUAUUGAUGGAAUUAAUCACAGGUAGAAAAGCUCUAGAUGAGAGCCAGCCUGAGGAGAGCAUGCACCUUGUAACAUGGUUCCGAAGGAUCCACAUCAACAAGGACUCAUUUCGCAAGGCAAUCGACCCCACAAUAGACCUUAACGAAGAAACCAUUGCCAGCAUCAGCACCGUUGCUGAGCUGGCAGGUCACUGCUGUGCAAGGGAGCCAUAUCAAAGGCCUGAUAUGGGUCAUGCUGUGAAUGUGUUAUCUUCUUUGGUUGAGUUCUGGAAACCAGCUGACCAAAAUUCCGAAGAUGUAUAUGGCAUUGACCUUGAGAUGUCAUUGCCACAAGCACUGAAGAAGUGGCAAGCCUAUGAAGGUAGAAGCUAUUUGGAUUCUUCUUCUUCGUCGCUUCUUCCCAGCUUAGACAAUACUCAGACGAGCAUACCUACACGCCCGUAUGGAUUUGCCGAGUCAUUCACAUCAGCAGAUGGGAGAUAAUAAGUGGUUGUAAAUGGUGGUGAUGGUAGUUUUCUUUUGUUUAGUCGUAUUUAUUUUUAGUCUUAGAUCUUUGUCUGACUCAAAAUUCUUUCAUAUUUUACUCUCAUUGCAUGCGUGCUCUGGUAUUCUUCUUGAAUAUGUAAUUUGGAUGAUCUUAAUUUGUUUAAGAAAUUUUGAAGAUGCAAUGAGAUGGAUUUCUGAAGAACAGGAAUUAAAUCUUUCACUUCAUGAUAACUUUUGUG